GCAACAAUGAAAGUGAAUGAGAGCGGGGAAUUGUUACCACCAGUUUGCAUUCAUCCUUUCUUAUUUACGCGGACCUCAACAGUUACCACUAAUAGUAUUUCUACUCAAUAGGAACAUGUUGUACAGCCAUAAAUGCAUAAUUGCCUUUCAAUAACACUACUUUAUGUGGGAAACCUGGAGACUUAACCUCCAGAAUUAUGAACUCGCCGGCUAAUUGUCAGAAAAAGUGCACUGUCAUGGAAUUGCGGAUUGGAACAUGUUUUAUUCUUGUGUAGUCAGCCUGAAUACGCUCUUGACAGUUAUGCAAACAAUGCCGACGGUCCAUUAAAACACUCCAUGCCAUAAAAGAUUAAACUAAGCACAGUUUGUAUGGGGUAUGGUAUAUGAUAUCACCUGGGAAUCGGGAUCACUGCAGCGGACUCUUAUGCAAGAUGUCCUGCGUUUGUUGACGUUGGCGAAAUGCGUUGGCUUUUGUAUGAAUUCUGCAAUCGACUGUUUGUACGAUGGGGAAAGAAGUGAUUAAGUUGUGAUGAAACACAUGCUUGAGCAUACCUUUGUAGAUCCUGUAAUUAUUGCAGAGGAUGCAAGCGGAAGACAAGAGUCCAGAUCCAAGUCUUUCGGUAAUUCCGUAUCCAAGGCUUUCAAUGAAGCGGUCUCAAAAUUGGAGAUGGGACAUGACAGUCGCAACAAGCAAUUCCACAAGUUGUUCCCGUGUGUACCGGAUACAGAGUCCGUCAUCAACACAUAUUCAUGUGCCUUAGUUCGAGAUAUACUACUCCAAGGAAGAAUGUUUGUAUCAGAGAACUGGAUCUGUUUCCAUUCAAAUAUCUUCUCCUAUGAAAAACAGAUUGCAAUCAAAGUGGAGACGAUUACAAAGAUAACCAAAGAGAAAACGGCUUUUGUCGUUCCCAACGCAAUAGGACUCCAUACGCCCUCUGAAAAGGUCAGUGCUCAAAUCCUUACAUAGGUCGAUCGUGACGAAGCAGGGAGAAAAUUAAUUUUUCUGUUGUGAGCUGUGAGAGUUGUUAUUAGGAAGGAAAUAUAUGGUGUGGGAGGGAAGAGACAGGAGGGCUAAAUACAGGAUGAAGAGAGGAGGAGAGAAUAUGAAAUAAUGUAUGAUUUAAGUAUAGAGAGAAAGAUGAGAGGGAAUGGAGAAAGGAGAACAAAAUUUAGGUAGGUAUGGUUGGGAAAGAGACUACAGGUAUGAACUAGAAAGCUAACCAUUAUUGCACUAAUCAUUAUUAUAGAUAUACAAUCUAGUGCCAUUCAAAUUGAUUUUGAUUAAUCUCACUUCAGUGAAUAAUCUGUUGACCAGGGGCCCGUCUUAUAAAGAGUUGUGAUUGAUCCGAUCAAUCGCCACUAAGGAAAGCCAGCAAAGUCAACAUAUGAAAUCCAUGUUUGUUCAAAAAAAAUUCUAGAUAUGAAUGAAUAUCCAUAAAGUCAUUGAUUUCUUGACAAUUUGGUGUGUUUUCCUUUGUUUACAAAGGACAUUUUGCAAAUUUCCUGUAGAAUUUUUUUUUGACACUGAUGGAUUUCCAUAGAGUUACGAUUCAUGGAUCAAUCGUAACUCUUUGUAAGACGGGGCCCUGUUGACAACUGAGUUCUUGAAACUUUGUACAUGGACAACCCACUUCCAGGAGGCAAUGGGGUAGCCUUGUGUGUUCUUAAAUCAAUACUAGAUGAUAGGUGA